GCCGCCUCCACUGGUUUGGAUCCUCCUGGUUUCCCUGUUCUGGCUGCCCCGCAGCCCCACCAGGCAGCUGUGGAAGAGAGCGCUUCGCUCAGAAUGCGCCUCAAGCCGUAGGAAGUGGAAGCCUGUGUCGCCAUCGGAGAACACCAAGGUGAGUUGCUAGAGGGCGUCCCCAACACUCCUUCCGUUCUCUCCGUAGUCAUUUUGGCUCAAGCCAGGUGGCACAUGCUCACGGAAGCUUGCCCGCUGACUUCCCAGUCUCGUGCGCGCGCGGUCUGGCCCGAUGUCACGCGCCUCGAGCGUCGCGAGCAGCCAGGAGGACCGCGAGCCGGGCCAGGAGCCUGCGAACGCGAAGGCCGCCGCGGCGGUCGCAUGGCUCGCGAGCGAGCUCAGGGCCGAGAGAAGCGAGACGGAGAGGCGCCACAACGCCUUGGUCGAGGGCCUCGUCGCGGCCCUCGAGCUGGGCGCACGUGCCCCCCGCGUCCAGGCGCAGGUAUCUUCCGUGCCCACUCCCGGAUUAGACGGGUACCCCUCGCAGAACGGGUACCCCUCGCAGAACGGGGCCGCGUUCGGAGGGCUGCCGAGGACGGCCACGGGGUUAGUCUCUGGCUGGCGCCCGCCAAAUAAAUCUGUAAGGAAUCAGAAGGACCGCAUGUUCGCCAACAGGAUGAUGAAUCAGGAUGGCUCGCCAGCACCCAGCCUGACACAGGUUGAGGGCACCGACAGGCCGAGGGAGGUGAGGACCACUGCCGAGCUUACCGACCUCGCCAUACAGGAUCGAGGCCUGGACUUGAUAGGCUCCGCGCUGUCGCUGCACUCGAACGUCUCGUCGGCAGGGCACAUUCGGUUUCGGCACCUGCCGCUCCUACAGCGCAUGUGCCGCCGUGUCAUCCUGAACCCGUGGUUCGACUACCUGAUGUCUGUCAUCAUCGUCAUAAAUUGUGUGGUGAUCGGGAUGGAGAUCCAGGAGAGCGUCGACAGGACGAUCCCGACCACUCUGGCGUACCAGGUGAUGGAGAAUUGUUUUCUGGUGGCCUAUGUCCUCGAGCUUUUGCUUCGCUUGCUGGCUGACUGGCAGGAGUGCCUCCAGAAUUCGUGGUUCCAGAUGGACGCCGUCCUCAUCGCGCUUGGCGUGCUGACGAUAUGGGUGUUGGAGCCGCUGCUGCUAAUGAGGAGUGCCAUCGGCAUGCUGGACAAAGUGCUGGUUGUCAGAAUUCUGCGCCUGCUUCGCCUGGUGCGGACCCUCCGCUUCCUGAAGUUCAUGCAGCCACUCUGGAGGCUGGUGAAGGGCCUGCUGGGAUCAAACGGAUCUGUGACGGCGGCUGGGGUGUUGCUCUUCGGAGCUAUCUACGUGUUCGCGUGCGCUGGGGUGGCGGUCAUCGGCGUGGACGAAGAGCUGCUCGCCGACCCCGUCGUUGGGCACAUCGUGGAGGAUCGCUUCAGGUCGAUCCCGGAGCUGAUGCUCACGCUUCUGGAGUUCGUAUUCUGCGACGGGGCUUCUCAGAUCUACCAUCCUCUGCUUCGCACGAAGCCAUUGCUGCUCUUCUACUUUUUGCCGAUUAUGCUCGUGGUGCCGAUCGCCCUUGUGAACUUAAUCACGGCCGUAAUUGUGAAUCAUGCAAUCAAGGUCUCUUGCCACGACGCAGAGCUGGCGCGCGUUCAGCUCCGGGGAAGGCUGUAGGCGCUGAUACCGAUCCUGAACAGCCUCUUCAGGCAGUUCGACUCAGAAGGCCAAGGGUACAUCCGCUGGGCAGACCUAGACUUGGCGAGGAUGGGCGCGCCGCAGAUGCCCUUGCCCGCCGAGGUGCUACAUGCGCUGAAGUCCUACAAACUGGAAGACUUCUUCAAGCUCCUCGAUGCUGAUGGAUCUGGAAUGAUAACCCAGACUGAGUGGGUCGACGGUAUGUGCUGCCUGGUCUUGGAAGAAAUGCCAAUCGAGAAUUUGCAGGUGCUCCACAUGCUCUACCGGCAGGCCAACGAUCUGGAGGAACUGAAGAGCGCCCUGCUGCCGCGCUGUCCAGUGCCUGAAUCGAGACGGUCCGAUUACAACGCCUGAUCCGACCGGGGGCUCUGGCCUCCCGUUCGCCUGACGGGAGGCGGGGAGGCCAAUUCUACUGUACCAUAUUUUGCCUUCGGUUUCGUCGCGCUGUUGGGCGAGCCGCCUUCAAGUCAUUCGCACUCCAAGCAGAAGUUUGCCCAGUUCACGAGAGAAAA